GAGUGGGCUCUUCGGGCUGCGCUGUUCCCGCCAAUUUCUGUGGUAUUCCUUCCUGGGUCUGGUUCCGCGCUCAUGGAGUCGUUUGACCCAGCCGAACUCCCUGAGCUGCUUAAGCUUUAUUACCGAAGGCUCUUUCCCUAUUCUCAGUAUUACCGCUGGCUCAACUAUGGCGGAGUGGUGAAGAAUUACUUUCAGCACCGGGAAUUCUCAUUCACCUUGAAAGAUGAUAUUUACAUCCGCUACCAAUCCUUCAACAACCAGAAUGAACUGGAAAAGGAGAUGCAGAAAAUGAACCCUUACAAGAUUGACAUAGGCGCAGUGUAUUCCCACAGACCCAAUCAACAUAAUACAGUGAAGUUGGGAGCGUUCCAGGCUCAGGAGAAAGAGCUGGUGUUUGACAUUGACAUGACAGACUAUGACGAUGUGAGGCGAUGCUGUAGUUCUGCAGACAUAUGCUCCAAGUGCUGGACCCUCAUGACCAUGGCCAUCCUCAUCAUCGACCGAGCACUGAAAGAGGACUUUGGAUUUAAGCAUCGUCUCUGGGUGUAUUCUGGAAGGAGAGGUGUUCAUUGCUGGGUCUGUGAUGAGUCAGUUAGGAAACUGUCCUCAGCAGUACGUUCUGGAAUAGUUGAGUAUUUGAGUCUCGUAAAGGGUGGUCAAGACGUAAAGAAGAAAGUUCAUUUACAUGAAAAAAUUCACCCUUUUGUCAGAAGAUCCAUGAACAUAAUUAAAAAGUACUUCGAGGAAUAUGCCUUGGUUGGUCAAGAUAUUCUUGAAAAUAAAGAAAGCUGGGAUAAGAUUUUAUCCCUUGUUCCUGAAACAAUUCAUGAUGAACUUCAGCAAGGCUUCGUCAAGUGUCACAAUUCCCUUCAACGUUGGGAGUAUUUGAAGAAAGUUAUAAACAGACAUCAGAACAGCACCAAGAAUGACAAAUGCAGUCCCUGGCUGGAGUGGGAGAUUAUGCUUCAGUAUUGUUUUCCACGGCUAGACAUCAACGUUAGCAAAGGCAUCAACCACUUGCUGAAAAGUCCUUUCAGCGUGCAUCCGAAAACAGGUCGCAUUUCGGUGCCCAUUAAUUUACAGAAGGUGGAUCAGUUUGAUCCAUUUACUGUUCCAACUAUCAGCUCCAUUUGUCAUGAAUUAGAUGCUGUUUCCACCAAUGAGGAGGAAAAAGAGGAGCAUGAAGCUGAACCCGAUACUAAACGUAGAACCAGAGAUUAUAAGAAAACCAGCCUGGCACCUUAUGUCAAAGUUUUUGAGCAGUUUCUUGAAAAUCUCGAUAAAUCCCGAAAAGGAGAACUUCUGAAGAAGAGCGAUCUACAAAAAGAUUUCUGAAGACAGUAAUGCUUUUCAAACCAGUGGGGAUGUAUCUUCUGUUUUCACCAAACAAAUACGUCAAGGGCCAUGUAAUAAAGAUGGCAAAACCAUGUACACAAGUUAAUGCUCCAAAUAAGAUUUUAUUUUACUGAGAAGUAAUUUAUGUUGACCAGAGAUCCAGAGACUACCAAAGGGGAGUGUUUGUCAUCCAUGAAGAAGCAAUAAAGGGAAGAAUAAGUGGA